UGCCUUUACACGUGUACAGAAAUUCCAGCGGCGCCGGGGCUGGGAAUCGCGGGGGGAAGAGGGCGGCGGGGAGGCCCCUCCUCCGCCGCUCGGCCCGCGCCGGCCCCCUCUGCAACCCGCUUCCUUCCCAGCCGCCGAGCAACAUGUCCCCCGGCAGCUUCGUCUUCCUCGGGAGCCUCCUGGGGACCCUGGGGCUGGGCGACCCCGGCCCCCUGGAAGACGUGGUCAUAGACAGAUACUAUAUCCCCAAAAUCUGCCUGCGAGAAGUCCAGAUGGGGGAUUUCAUUCGCUACCACUACAAUGGGACCUUUAAAGAUGGCAAAAAGUUUGACUCCAGCUACGACCGCGGUGCCACGGUGGCCGGCGUGGUUGGCGUGGGGCGGCUCAUCACCGGCAUGGACCGGGGGCUGCAGGGCAUGUGCGUGAACGAGCGGCGCCACCUCAUCGUGCCGCCCCACCUGGGCUACGGCAGCAUCGGCGUGGCGGGGCUGAUCCCCCCGGACGCUACCUUGUAUUUCGACGUUAUCAUGCUGGACAUCUGGAACAAGAACGACAAGCUGCAGAUCACCACCCUGUCCAAGCCGGAGCGCUGCAACCGCACCGUGGAGAACUCGGACUUCGUGCGGUACCACUACAACGGCACCCUGCUGGACGGCACUCCCUUCGACUCCAGCUACAGCAAGCAGAGCACCUACGACACCUACGUGGGCACGGGCUGGCUGAUCAAGGGCAUGGACCAGGGGCUGCUGGGCAUGUGUGCCGGGGAGAAGAGGAGCAUCAUCAUCCCGCCGUUCCUGGCCUACGGCGAGAAGGGCUACGGCACGGUGAUCCCGCCGCAGGCCUCGCUGGUGUUCAGCGUGCUGCUGGUGGACUUCCACAACCCCAAGGACAGCGUCUUCCUGGAGCACCUGGAGGUGCCGGCGUCGUGCCGGCGCAGGGCGGCGCCGGGGGACUUCGUGCGCUAUCACUACAACGGCACCUUCAUGGACGGGACGCUCUUCGACUCCAGCUAUUCCCGCAAUCACACCUACGACACCUACAUCGGCAAGGGCUACAUCAUCCCCGGCAUGGACCAGGGCCUGCAAGGGGUCUGCAUCGGCGAGAGGCGGCGGGUGGUCGUCCCCCCGCACCUGGCCUACGGCGAGAACGGCACAGGGGACAAGAUUCCCGGCUCAGCCGUGCUCGUCUUCGACGUCCACAUCAUCGACUUCCACAACCCCGCGGACCCGGUGGAGAUCGAGACCACGCACCGGCCCGAGGGCUGCAACGUCACCACCCGCAACCGGGACUUCAUCCGCUACCACUACAACUGCUCCCUGCUGGACGGCACCAAGCUCUUCUCUUCCCAUGACUACGAAAAGCCCCAGGAGGUGACCCUCGGGGCCAACAAGGUGAUCGAGGGCCUCAACACCGGCCUCCUGGACAUGUGCGUGGGGGAGAGGCGGGUGCUCAUCGUGCCUCCACACCUGGGCCACGGGGAGAGUGGAGCCCGGGGGGUCCCCGGCAGCGCCGUGCUCCGCUUCGAGGUGGAGCUGCUCUCCAUGGAGGAGGGCGUUCCCGAAGGUUACCUGUUCGUCUGGCACGGGGACCCGCCGGCAAACCUCUACGAGGAGAUGGACCUGAACAAGGACGGCGAGAUCCCUGCCGAUGAGUUCUCCACCUUCAUCAAGACCCAGGUGGCGGAAGGGAAGGGCCGGCUCAUGCCCGGCUCGGACCCGGAGAAGGUCAUCGCAGACAUGUUCAAGAACCAGGACCGGAACCAGGACGGGAAGAUCACCGCAGAGGAGCUGAAGCUGAAGACGGAUGAGGACCAGGAGAAGAUCCACGAGGAGCUCUGAGCAGCAGCCACCCCGCGGCCAGGACUGCUCCCACGCUUCUGGGCCAGGGCUGCCCCGGGAGCCAGCCCGUCCCUGUGCACCCCCAGUGUGGAGGGUCAAUCUUCGAUUUUUUUUUUUUUUUGGUAUUAUUUAACUGAGUUUUCUUCCGUGCGUUCCUCGUGCAUGGGAGAACCAGCCAUCCCCGAGCUGAAAAACCCGGGCGAGAAGGUGGGAAACACCCACGUUCUUGGGCGUCUCGAUGCCCCGCGGGAAAGGCGGCGCCGGCUUUCCCGAGCCCCCGUCUCCUCGUGCUCAGAGGCUCUGGUAGAGCAGGGAGGCGGGCGCUGGACCAAGCCUAGCCAAAGCCAGACCCAGAGCCUCUGCGCGCCGCUCGCCCCGACCGCGCCACCCCCCCCGUCGAGCCCCAGGCAGAGCCCGGGGUGGCCACCGCUGCUGGCUCUGCCCCAGCCCACGACUGCAUUUCCGCGCUGCAGCCUCCCGGCCGGCUCUCCGGUGGCACGCGCCGCUCCCGCGCCGGCUCCCGGGAGCAGCCGGCCGGAGGGUCCAGCCCGGCGCGCGCGGGAGCGGAGCUGGGAGCACGCGCGUCCCUCCGGCGCGGCGGCAGCUCGUCCCACUGCUGCCGGCUCCGCCAGCUCCCUUUUGCUUCUAACAGCCCGGUCGUAGUUUAGGGAUUUUUUUUGUUUUAUGUAUGUCACUCUCUAAAGCAGAGGAGAAAUCGAGAGGAGCGCCUGGUGCCGCUCCCGGCGGUCGGUGCAGCCCCCGCUUCCCGCUGCACCUGCCCGGCGCUCCGGGGCGGGAGCCUGGAGGCGGCUCGGGUCCCCGGGGAAACCGAGCGCCUCCCGGGCGGCUGCCGGUUCCGAAAGCCUGGCCCCUCGCAGACAGCUCAGGUGAGCCCCGGGGAACCGCGCGCCGGUCUGGGGAACGGGGAAGGCCCCGUCUCUCCCACGCAGCCCGCCAGCCGCAGCCUCACGCUCCUCGCCCCGCAGCGCAGCUGUGCCAGUGGCAGCACCAGGCAGUGACUGAGCAAAAAGGAUCAACCCGAUUUUAUUUCGAUGCCUACGUGCAGCUAAGUCAUUAACUUGGCUCUCUCAGGGUUGCUGCUUUUGACCAGUAUGUCUCCACCGCCCUUCCCCUGGCGCUGAAGGCUUGCACACGGUGCAGCCCCGCAAACAGGGAUGAAAGAAACGCAAAAAAAAAAGUGUAAAGGGUUAGAGUGAAUCCCUCAAAUGAUGAUUUUUACUUUGCACCAAAUAAAAAUAAUUUCAACCGGUUUUCAGGAA